CUAAACAUGGCAGGCUCCUCUGCAGGAAUGACUGCACUGCUAUGUAAUAUGAAUAAACGAAUUGCAAUAUUUUAUCCAACGAUUACUUACCAAAGGCACAAUUGGUGUGUGAUAAGGAGAAUAUGUAUGUCUGUCUCCCGAUGCCAGAGUCAAGCCCAAACAAAACGGAAAAGUGCUCCCCAGGAGCUGGUAGGUGUGGUGGGUCUGGAGAUCCAUGCUCAGAUCCACUCCAACACCAAGCUGUUUUCUGGCUCCCAGGUCGGGUUCCAGGCUCCACCUAACUCCCUGGUGUCCUUCUUUGAUGCCUCCUUACCUGGAACUCUACCUGUGCUGAACAGACGAUGUGUGGAGGCUGCAGUGAUGACAGGCUUGGCCCUUAACUGUACCAUCAACAGGAAGUCUCUCUUUGACAGGAAGCACUACUUCUACGCUGACCUUCCUGCGGGCUACCAGAUCACCCAACAGAGGCUGCCCAUCGCGGUGGACGGCACCCUGACCUACAGUCACCUGGGGGGCCGUAAGAGGAACACGGUGGUCACCAAGAGUGUCAGGAUCAAACAGAUCCAGCUGGAGCAGGACAGUGGCAAGAGCCUCCACGAUGACUACAGGAGCCAGACCCUUAUAGACCUCAACAGAGCAGGUGUGGGUCUGAUGGAGCUGGUGAUGGAGCCAGACAUGAGCUGUGGAGAGGAGGCAGCAGCAGCCGUCCGAGAGAUGCAGCUCAUACUGCAGGCUCUAGGGACCUGCCAGGGAAACAUGGCUGAGGGCCAGCUGAGAGUGGAUGCCAACGUGUCCGUCCACAGACCUGGGGAUCCUUGGGGCAUCAGGACUGAGGUCAAGAACAUCAACAGUGCCCGCAACCUGGCCAGGGCCAUAGACUAUGAGAUCCAGAGACAGAUGUUUGUCCUGGAGAGCGGCGGCACGGUGCAGAACGAGACACGGUCGUUUGAUGGCAAGACUGGACACACCAUUCCAAUGCGAGACAAGGAGGGCCUUCAGGACUACAGGUUCAUGCCGGAGCCCAACCUGCCUCCUCUGAUGGUGUACGAGGCGUGCUCUACAGCCCCCCCUGGUGUUGCCCCCAGCCAGGUGGUGGUUCUGGAGGAGGUGAGGGAGAGGCUGCCGGACCUGCCCAGCGUCAGGAGGCAGAGGCUGGUGGAGACCUACGGCAUCCUCCCCGAACACAGCUUCACCCUGGUGAAUGAGGACGGGCUGAUGGACUACUUUGAGGCCGUCGUCAAGGAGACCAAGGCUGGACCGAGAAAGGUGAUUGGCUGGGUGAUGAAAGAGCUGCAGGGCCUCCUCCAUCAACAGAACCUGAGUGUCAGCCAGAGUCCGAUCUCUCCUCAAGCUCUAGCCCAGAUACUGAAUCUCCAGGAGAAUGGACAAAUCUCUUCUUCUAUCGCCAAGCAGGUGUUCCAAGAGCUGUGGAAGACCCCAGGUAAAACGGCCCAGCAGAUCGUCAAGGAGCAGGACCUGGGGAUCGUCAACGACAGCACAGAGAUCCACAGGAUUUGCCAGAAGGUGGUGGACUCACACCCAGACCAGGUCCAAGCCAUCCGCAGUGGGAACAAGAAGGUUCUGAACAAGCUCAUGGGUCUGGUCCAGAAGGAGACUAAAGGCAGGGCUGACCCAGUCCUGGUACGGGCCAUCCUGGAGCAGAAGACCAACUAACACUGUCUGUGGCCACCUUGACUGCCUCAACCUUUAAAUGCCUGGUGGAAUAUCAAACUGGUCCAAGAGGCAGGAAACAUGACAUCUUUAUGGCUUCAUCAUAGUUAACAUGUCCUCUGGUGAAGAGGAUUAUUGUUGCUAAAUCAACUGUCUGUCAUGUUGUCUUCUGGCACCGUACCCGCCUUUAAGUUGUUGCAGUUGUAUUGUAACUUUAUUUGUGUACAUAAAUAUAUUCUAAUUCUC